AUGGAAGAAGCGAUCAAAGCUCGAUAUGAACAUUAUCAGCGUAGUAGCGAGUAUCGGGAAACGCGACAGAAACACGAGGAUCUUAGAGCUAAGCUAAAGGUGUUGAAAAAUCAUGUUGAGGGAUGGUCAUCGCCAAAGCAGGAGCAGCACACUGAUCAAGAAGCAGGCCCCUCAUGUAGCCUUAGUAGCAAGAGCAACGACCACAGUGGCCGGAAGAAUGCAGCUGCGCCGACUGUAUGA